CCGCCGCGGCCUGGCCCGAGGGCGCCGGGCCGCCAGGACGCCAGGUGAGCCGCGAGGGCCCGGGAGCCGCGACGGGCUCAGGGCGUGUCCGGCGCCGCGGCGGCCCGCGCCUCACUGUUCGCUCCUACCGGCUGUAGAUGGAGCUGUCUGGGUUCCGGCCGCCUCCGACGAGCCUCCGAGCGCUCCUCUUGAAACGCCUGAGAGGGACAUGCCUCCCAGGAUGCAGUUUGUAGCAACAUGGCAGCUGCGGUGCAGCUCCCCUGCUGAAGAGGCGCCGGGACGGCCGCGCAGCUCGCAGCCGGGGCCCGGGCCGCAGCCGGGGUCGCAGCGUCGGCCGCUCGGGGCGGGCGAGCGCGCCGGGGGCGGCCGCGGAGCGCUGGGGCCCAGCUUGCCGCCGGGGCGCAGCCAGCACAGCCGCGCUCCGACGCCGCCGCCGCCGCCCGCGCCCGCCCGCCGCGCGCAGCCCCGAGCAGGCCGGGGCCCGACGGCCGCGCAGCCCGGGCGGGCGAGGCCAGGCCGCGCCGCACUGCCAGCCCGCCCACAGCUCCGGGCCUGCGUGGGACUGCGCGCCGCGGCGGCGGCGGCGGCGGGGACUGCGCGGCGCGGGCCGGGCGGCGCAGGGCCAUGGCCGAGGCGGCCCCGGCUCCGGGGAGGGCAGCCCGCGCGCGCACGGACGCGCGGCCUCGGGGCUCGGGGGACUGCCUGCGUGCUCCGGGCUCGGCGGCCCGGCCUGGGGUCUCGAGCGGAGACACUGAGGCACGGACACCCGGCGGCGACCUGCCCUGCCUGCCCCAAGGUCCAGCAGCUGGACAUGGAGGACGGACAUUCAUCGCCUCUAUCAUUCUCCAGGGGUCCACACAAAGAGUCUGUGCAUCAGGCCCCUGCUGGACUCCCCAGAGAAACUGUGUUCCCUCCUUGCAUUCUUCCCCCCAAAGAAAUUCCUUCUUUGUCUCCCACUGCCCCUCAGCAAGGUGCCCUGCCCCAGUCCGACAGUACUCUGAAGCAAGAGACUUCUGGCCAGAUGUCACAUGUUCUCCAGAAGGGACCUUCACUUCUGUAUUCUGCCACCUCUGAGCAAGACACACACCACCAGGUAUCCCUGGCUUCCCAAGAAGAAACCCAUUACCCUCCUUCAGCUGCUGGUCAGGAGACCCCUCUCCUUUCCCACUCCACCCACCAUCAAGAAGCUCCACCCCACUCUCCUGAAGUUCCUGAGAAAGACUCGCUGACUCUGUCACCCACAGUUCCCGAGACUGACAUGGAUGCCCUGCUCCAGAGUCCCACUUUGCAAAAGGACGCUCCCUUCCAUACCUCUUCUACAGCCCAGAAGGAACAGCCACUGCCCACCGCAGAGAUCACUCGCUUGGCUGUGUGGGCUGCCGUCCAAGCAGUGGAGAGGAAACUGGAGGCCCAGGCCAUGCGGCUACUGACCCUGGAGGGCAGGACAGGGACAAAUGAGAAGAAAAUAGCAGACUGUGAGAGAACGGCUGUGGAGUUUGCAAACCAUCUGGAGAGCAAGUGGGUUGUACUGGGGACCUUACUGCAGGAGUAUGGGCUGCUGCAGCGUCGGCUGGAGAACAUGGAGAAUCUGCUGAAAAACAGGAAUUUCUGGAUCCUGCGGCUGCCCCCAGGCAGCAAUGGAGAAGUUCCCAAGGUCCCUGUCACAUUUGAUGAUGUUGCCGUCCAUUUCUCGGAGCAGGAAUGGGGAAACCUCUCCGAGUGGCAGAAGGAACUCUAUAAGAACGUAAUGCGGGGCAACUAUGAGUCUCUAGUCUCCAUGGACUAUGCAAUAUCCAAACCAGACCUCAUGUCACAGAUGGAGCGUGGAGAAAGGCCAGCCAUGCAGGAGCAAGAGGACUCUGAGGAGGGUGAGACGCCCACAGACCCCAGUGCUGCACACGAUGGCAUCGUGAUUAAGAUCGAGGUGCAGACCAACGAUGAAGGCUCAGAAGGUCUGGAGACGCCGCCAGAGCCACUGAUGGGACAAGUGGAGGAGCAUGGCUUUCAGGACUCGGAGCUAGGUGACCCCUGUGGAGAGCAGCCAGACCUGGACAUGCAGGAGCCAGAGAACGCCCUGGAGGAGUCCACUGAAGGCUCCAGUGAAUUCAGCGAGCUCAAGCAGAUGCUGGUGCAGCAGAGGAGUUGCCCGGAGGGGAUCGUGAUAAAGACUGAAGAGCAAGAGGAGGACGAGGAAGAGGAGGAGGAUGACGAGCUGCCACAGCACUUGCAGCCCCUUGGGCAGCUAUCCGGGAGGUACGAGGCCAGUAUGUACCAGACGCCCCUGCCUGGGGAGAUGUCCCCCGAGGGCGAGGAGAGCCCCCCACCCCUGCAGUUGGGCAACCCAUCAGUGAAGAGGCUGGUGCCCAGCAUUCAUGGGCAUUCUCAUGGGCAUGGUGAGCGGCAUCUGGGGGAGAACCGUGGGUCCUCCAGCCAGCAGCAGCGGAACCGACGUGGCGAGCGGCCCUUCACUUGCAUGGAGUGCGGCAAGAGUUUUCGGCUGAAGAUUAACCUCAUCAUCCACCAGCGGAACCACAUCAAGGAGGGGCCCUAUGAGUGUGCAGAGUGUGAGAUCAGCUUCCGCCACAAGCAGCAGCUCACACUACACCAGCGCAUCCAUCGGGCGCGCAGUGGCUACAGCUCCCCGGAGCGCAGCUCAGCCUUCAAUCCCAAGCACUCACUCAAGCCGCGUCCCAAGUCACCCAGCUCAGGCAGUGGUGGUGGCGCCAAGCCCUACAAGUGCCCUGAGUGUGACAGCAGCUUCAGCCACAAGUCAAGCCUGACCAAACACCAGAUCACACAUACGGGGGAGAGGCCCUACACUUGUCCGGAAUGCAAGAAGAGCUUCCGCUUGCACAUCAGCCUGGUGAUCCACCAGCGUGUGCAUGCGGGCAAGCACGAGGUCUCCUUCAUUUGCAGCCUGUGUGGCAAGAGCUUCAGCCGCCCAUCACACCUGCUGCGCCACCAGCGGACUCACACUGGUGAACGGCCCUUCAAGUGCCCAGAGUGCGAGAAGAGCUUCAGCGAAAAAUCUAAGCUCACCAACCACUGCCGCGUGCACUCUCGCGAACGGCCGCACGCGUGCCCCGAAUGCGGCAAAAGCUUCAUCCGGAAGCACCAUCUGCUGGAACACCGGCGCAUCCACACCGGUGAGCGGCCCUACCACUGCGCCGAAUGUGGCAAGCGCUUCACGCAGAAGCACCACCUGCUGGAGCACCAGCGAGCGCACACCGGCGAGCGGCCCUACCCCUGCACGCACUGCGCCAAGUGCUUCCGCUACAAGCAAUCGCUCAAGUACCACCUGCGGACCCACACGGGCGAGUGAGCAUGCGCCCCGCCCCUGCCCCGGCCGGAUGAGCAGCCAGGUGCAAGGGUCUAAGGCCCCUGGGACCGGUGCCUCGGCUGCCCCCAGGCUGAGUCCAGUGGGCGGGAGCGGGGCGCCCCAAGCCCUUCUGCUGUGAACCCUCCUCCCCUCCUGUCCCUUCUCCCCAGGACGGGGUAGUGAGACCAGGUGGCUUGUUGCCUGCUUUCCCCAGGGCCCCAGGGGGGAGCACUUGGGCCUGGGGAACCCCUUCAGGCUGUUAAUUUCCUUGACAAUAAAAUGGAUAAAAACAAUC